GGUGCCGUUUUGGUGAUUAAGUCUUGUCAAAGUCGUAAGCUUUACAGUGCAAGCUAAAAAGGCGGAGUCUUGCUAGAAACUAUUACAACUUCAUGAAGCCUCUACGCUUUUGAGAGUCGCGUUCCAUCUUCGUCUCCUUCUUUUCUCGUCGAUUCGCGUUUGGUCCCAAAAUCCCUACCUUUCAGGUUUACGGUCGUACGUCCAAGAUGCCGUCGCCAUCGUCAUCCUCUUCAUGGGUGUUGCCGCUGUCUUCUUGUGAUUCUCCAAGAUUGGAUUUUUUCCUCAGGGUUUUAGCAGAUGGAGAGGUUCUGCUGAUUGAAGCAGGAAGAAACGAGAGAGUGAGUGAUGUACUGGAGAGAAUCAGGAACAAGAAGAAGAAGAAGAUUCCAGGGUUUGAGUUUGAGGAGCUAAGAUUACUCUACCGCGGUAGACAGAUACGAACCGACCAGCUUCUCUGCGAUUGCAACAUUGAAAAGAAUACAUUGGUGUUUCUGCUUGUUGGUCCUAGUCCUAAUCCCUCCUGGCCUGCAGUUGAUUCUCUUCUUGACACUACGUGCAGAGUGUACCAAGGACUGGAUGUUGACAACGGUGAUAUCAGUGAAAAGCUCAACUUGUUCUUUCACAACAUUCCUUGGUACGAGGAAAAGUUAGCUUUUGAAUAUCUACAGCUUCUCUCAGCUUCCUCACUUCCAACUGCUCUUGCCAUGUUGUACUCUUCCUCCAGGGAAGAUUUUGCCAGAGAUUCCAUUCACAAGUUCCUCUCAAAAUGCAGAGACUUGCCCAGUACGUCACACCCUUACAUCCUACCCAUAAUACUCGAGCUCUGUAGCUUGCUUAAGAAAGUCCGCCCCGAGAAGAAGCUCUACAUGGCUUGCUGGAAUGUGUUCGCUUCCAUGUCAGAUUGUGUCUCCAUCUGCGGCUGCGGCGAGGGCAUGAAGUCGUUCAUUACAAAGGCUGUCGUCUCGUUUAGUAUGGAGGUAGCUAUUUUACUUCAGAACACUACCGUUGUUGAGAAUAUGACACAUGCUGAGUUGUUUGAUGAACUAUUGGCAUCUGUGGGGAAAGUUUUGGAAGAUGAAUCGCUGUUAGGGUCACACCAUUUGUCUGCUCUUGAAUCUGUUUGUGCCUUAUCUAGUUGCUUCUACCCCUCUCGUAAAGAAGAACUUAUUGGUGUUCUAAGCUCUAGUAAGACUUCACUCUGCAGUCUUAUCAUCAGAUUUGCAGAGAAGGGUACUGACCACCAGUGGUUAAAUGAGUAUAAGGAGUUGACUAACUUCGAAGCUAGGAGGCAUUUAGCGAUGUUGAUGGUUCCUAACGUGAAUAUAUUCAACAAGGAGAUUAUCAGAGUUCACAGGGAUAAUCUAUUAGAGGAAUCUUUCGAGCAAAUAAGUGGUGCAAGCUUUGAGUCACUCCAUCACGGGAUUUCUGUAGAGUUUAUAGAUGAACAAGGUGUAGGGGAUGGUGUUACACGAGAGUGGAUCCAGCUUGCGUGUAAUGAGAUUUUCUUUUCUAAAGAAGUAAAAGAAGAGGAAGAAGAAGAGGAAGAAGUAGAAGAAGAGGAAGAAGUUGAUCGUCCAUUCCACGUUCCAUGUUCUGACUUUACAAGAAGGUUCUCCCCAAAUCCAGGAUUCAUGGAAUGGGAUAAGUUUGAGUUUGCAGGGCGUUUGAUGGGUCUUGCACUGAUGCAUAAUAUGCAAGUGAACGUGCUUCUUGACCGUGCCUUUUUCUUACAUCUUGCUGGAAUGGUAAUCGGCUUAGAAGAUAUCAAGGAAACAGAACCAACCCUUCACAAGUUUUUGAAGGAAUUGUUAGAAGGAGAUGGUUUUGAUGCUGCUGAUUUGAGAUUUGAGAUCGACAUUCAGAAAGGGAAAGAGUUCUCCUUAGAGCAGUUGUGUGAAGAUGGUUCCUUAAUGAAGGUUACAAAAGAAAAUGCAGGCAAGUAUGUGCAUCUAUAUCUCCAGCAUCGAUUUGUGCAGUCUAUCUCCAAACAGACAUCUUUCUUUGCAAAGGGCUUGAGUGAUAUGCUUCUGGGUUGUGCGGUUCAUACAUCAUUCUUCCAAGUGUUGAGUUUGGAAGAUUUUGAUCUCAUUUUUGGGGGAGAUCGAAUUGGUAUCAGGGUGGAAGAUUGGAAGAAGCAUACUAUAUAUGGAGGAGGGGACUAUGGAUACCAAGCCACUGAUAAAGAGAUUUUGUGGUUCUGGGAAGUAGUUGAUGGGAUGAGUAACAAGAAGCAGAUGAACUUAUUGAAGUUUUGGACAUCAACGACAUAUCUACCCCAUGGAGGAAUUAGGGCCUUACCAAAAAAGCUUAAAAUUAUGAGAAUUGAAGACCAGAAAUAUCCUACCUCUUCCACGUGUAUGUAUAUGCUCAAACUCCCUGCAUAUGAGACCUUUGAUAUGAUGAAGUUCUACCUUGAGAUUGUCACUGAAGAUAAAAUCUGCACAGGAUUUGGGAUGCAAUGAGAGCCAAAUUCCCAGUCUUGACCUUGGCGAGUCUCAUCAUUUUGUUGAUAGGUAACACGAAUCAAGUUGGCGCACCAGUUCCGUGAAGUUGAGCUCGGUUUUAGUAGUAUAGAUUUCAGAUUUGUUGUGUGAGAAACCUUGACAGUAAUGUUUGAAUGGUGUUUUAGUUUGACGUAUGGGCCUUAACAAAUUGUGUGGUUGACGUUAUCUAGUAAUGUUUUGGUUGAAUACUUACGGUGGUACAUCCAAUGGCCAUGAAGUUUUA